UCUUUUCAUAGAUGAUAUUGGAAUUGAACUAUACAGCCAUCGAAACACACUAACUUGUGAUCUGCAUGCGCACAACUUAUAAUAUGCGAAACUGGACAUACCAACCUUCCAGUUUCAUUUAUAUCAUCAUACAUGACACUAUUAUUUUCCUUCUACAAACCAUUAUUCUUAUUCAGCAAGCUGAUGCUUCUGGCCCCGGUGAGCGAGAUUCACAAUCCAGAGACGAUGGAAAAGUCAUACGUUUUCCACGAAUAUCAAUUCCGUGUCAAUCUGCUCCUUGUCAGUUUGAUGUCCAUCGGCCAGAUAGUGUCAAUGUAUUACCGCUUUCAGGAGCUUCAUCCGAACGGAAAAAGAAGUGGAAAUCCCGAUUCCGACCACUUCAUCCCUGAUAAAAUGAUCAUUUUCGCUGCGUUCAUACUUUCCUCAAUGAUCCUGGCUCUCGUGGGAGUCGUCAAGACUAAAACUAACUUCAACCGGCUGUUGAGUCUCCACAAAACCUUGUGUCAUAUCGACAGUCUUCUGCAACGACCCUCUAAGCGCGGGAAAUUCAAAUACAUCGCUGCCUUCCUCAUAUUCUUCAACGCGACUCUCCUGGCCAUGGACUACUGCGUCUGGAAAUUCACCACGGUCGAAAGGGUCAUUUUCUCAUUGUGCCUGUUCAGUCGACUCAUGUGCGCCACUAUUUUGGUCCAGUACGGGGACAUCGUGCUCAGUAUAAGGAGUAGAUUUUGCCACAUAAAUGUUGCGUUGCACCAGGAGCUGGCCAAUUACUUUCGACAAGACAUUAUUUGGAUCAUCAGUAGACGGAAAAAUUUGCUACCAGCUCGUACCAUAGCGCGGCGACGAGUAGGCGAGUUGUUUCAGCUUUUCUGGUACACGACUCGCUGCGUGAAGCUGGUGAACGAAGCCUUCGGGGGCCUGAUUUUCGGAAUGAUAGUGAUGACUUCAUUCCAGCUCAUCGGCAUCCCUCAUUUUCUGAUCUCCAUGUUCGACAACACGACGAAGCUCUCGGUUGAGCACAAGCUUUGCGCUCUUUGUGACUUUUUGUGGAUGUGCUGCUUCUGCUUUGCUCUCUCUGUUCUCGUCAUACCGCCGGCCCUGGCAUCCACAGAGGCGAGUAUUUAUGUCUUGUUGUAUGUUACAAAUCUAUGCAUUUUUUGGAAAAUUUCCAAUGUCGCGAUAAAAAUCAGUGACAGUUAA